GGGGUCCGCUCGGUGCCGGGGACGGCGGGCAGGAGCUUGGGGAUACAGCGACAGGGGCAGUUACAGGGGUCCCGCCUGUGGCGGGACAGGGGUGUAGCCGGGCUCUCCGCAGGGACAGGACGCCGGAGCACCGGGGGCAGCCGCGGAUCCCGGGCGGGCAGCGGGCGGCUCCCGCUGGGCAGGGCCCGGCCUCGGCCCCAAAACAUCCGGCUGGGCCGGCUCGGCGCUGCCUCGCCCCGCGCUGCCGCGUCCUGCCCGCGUCCUGCCCGCGUCCUGCCCGUGUCCUGCCCGCGUCCUGCCCGCGCCGUACCCGUGUCCUGCCUGCCGUGUCCCCUCUUUGCCAUGUGUCCCCUCCCUGCCGUGGGUCCUCUCUCUGCCGUGUCUUCCCUCCUUGCCAUAUGUCCCCUCCCUGCCAUGCGUCCCCCGCCCGCUGCUCCCCCUUGCCCACCGCUGACCGAGAGUUCCCUCCCGCAGGAGAUGGAGCUGGAGCCCCGGGGAAACGGCCUGGAGCCCGUGGGACACUAUGAAGAGAUCGAGAUUUCCGAGAGCAGCGUCAACAAUGGCCCCGAGCACAUCGGCCCCCACUGCUUCGAGCUGCUCCGCGUUCUGGGCAAGGGUGGCUACGGCAAGGUGUUCCAGGUGCGAAAAGUGCAGGGCACCAACACAGGCAAGAUCUUCGCCAUGAAAGUCCUGAAGAAGGCCAAGAUCGCCUGCAACGCCAAGGACACGGCGCACACCCGGGCAGAGAGGAACAUCCUGGAGGCCGUCAAGCACCCCUUCAUCGUCGACCUCAUCUACGCCUUCCAGACGGGCGGCAAGCUCUACCUCAUCCUGGAGUGCCUCAGCGGUGGAGAGCUCUUCAUGCAGCUGGAGCGGGAAGGGAUCUUCCUGGAGGACACUGCCUGUUUCUACCUGAGCGAGAUCACUCUGGCACUGGGUCACCUACAUUCCCACGGGAUCAUCUACCGGGAUCUUAAGCCGGAGAAUAUCAUGCUCAACAGCCAAGGUCACAUCAAGCUGACGGACUUUGGGCUGUGCAAGGAGUCCAUCCAUGACGGAGCCGUUACCCACACCUUCUGUGGCACCAUCGAGUACAUGGCCCCCGAGAUCCUGGUGAGGAGCGGGCACAACCGAGCGGUGGACUGGUGGAGCCUGGGCGCCUUGAUGUACGACAUGCUCACCGGAUCGCCGCCGUUCACCGCCGAGAACCGCAAGAAGACAAUCGACAAGAUCCUCAAGGGGAAGCUGGUGCUGCCGCCCUACCUGACACCCGACGCUCGUGACCUCCUCAAGAAGUUCCUCAAGCGGAACCCCAGCCAGAGGGUUGGGGGCGGCCCCGGUGACGCGGCCGAUGUGCAGAAACAGCCUUUCUUCCGCCACAUCAACUGGGAGGACCUGCUGGCGCGCAGGCUGGACCCCCCCUUCAAACCCUGCCUGCAGUCAGAGGAGGACGUGAGCCAGUUCGACACCCGCUUCACCCGCCAGACCCCUGUAGACAGCCCCGACGACGCUGCCAUCAGCGAGAGCGCCAACCAGGCCUUCCUGGGCUUCACCUACGUGGCCCCCUCCGUGCUGGAGAGCAUCAAGGAGGGGUUCUCCUUCCAGCCCAAGGUGCGCUCCCCCCGCCGCCUCAACAGCAGCCCCCGCACCCCCGUCAGCCCUGUGAAGUUCUCCCCCUUCGAGGCGUUCAAGCCGGUGGCCCCAGGCGACCCCAUGGAGCUGGGCCCCACCCAGGGCCCCCCGCCCGAGGGCACGGCCCCCCUGCCCAUCAAACCCUCAGGGGGGGCCAAGAAGCAGAAGGGGGGCCGGGGGCGGAUGCCCAGGUAGGGGUGG